CGGACCCCUUCCUUGAUCGAUCAACACCUGCAGGAAGAGACGAUGAAUGAAUCAAUCAAUCAGUCAGUCGGGUCGGUCUGGACUGCACACCCUCCAUGUGUCUGUCCAUCAUGCUUGCAUGGGCCCACACGGAAAAACCACCGUGACCUCAUGCCAUGCACCAAUCAAUGACUGAUAAAAGGCAUCCAGCAGGUAAGAACAUCCCUCUAAAAUAUGCAGAAGAUCAAUCACAUCCAUCAAGUGACAAACUCCCCUCCCACGCACAGACACACAGGCAGGAAAAAAUCACUCUUCGCUGUUCGGCGGCGUACCGGCGUCGCCCGGACCGAUGUCUUUCUUGUCUCCAUUCGCCAGAAAACAGCGACCUCUCCCUCGGGCCGGCGCGCAAGCUAUGCAGCAGGCGCAGCCACCUCCUCCCGCACAGGCUCCUUCUUCUUGGAUGGGUCGGAGAGGAUCGAAUCCAUGUGCCGCUGAUCGAUGGCAGAGACGAAUCCACGACAGCCACGAACAAAUAACACGUGUGUGUGUGGGUAUGGUGUGAUUGGGCUUACGCUGAGUCGCCUCUUGGCUGUCUCGUCGACCAUCGGGUUGGACACCUCAUUGGCAAAACCCUUGACCAUCAAGUACCUGUGCACAGACAGAGGGUAAAUUCUCGGGUGCGCGCGCGCGUGUGCGUGUGUGUGUGUGUGUGUCUGUCUGUGUGCAAGUGACCGUGCGACUUCGUCUGAGAGUCCCCUCGUGCGCAGAUAGAUGAUCUGGUCCUGGGACAAAUCAGACACCGUCGCACCUGCAGGCAUCACAUCACACAACACACGAAAUCGACAGAUGCGUGGAUGUCUUGUUCUGACUGGCUGACCGUGUGCGGCUUUGAUUUGUGGUGACAUCAUCUCCAGCACCGGGAUGGACACAGCCUAGGGCCAGCCAGAUAGACACACACACACACACACGCGCACACAGACGGACAAGCAGAUGAGGAGCACGCCGACUCACAUAUUUCGGUCAUACAUUCACUCCCUGAGGGGCUGACCUUUGAUCUUUCGUUCAGCAGGAGGGAGCGACACAGCUGCUUCGCGUCGGCACCGUUGCACAUGUGCUCCAGGCGACCUCUCCCCUUCCACACAGCAGUCGCUGAUCACACACACACAGACAGAGACAGAGACAGAGAGAGACAACAGAGAGGUAAAGACGAUUUGUAUGGCAACUGGUUCGUUCGUUCGUUGGGUGAGGGCAUGUGUGUGCACGCUACCCGAGUCGGCAACGAUGUUUCUGUGGAAUGAGUCCGAGUAGGUGUCCUUGGCGUUGUGCCACACCGUCUGGUAGGUCUGCAGAAGCUGCUUCUGGCGAGCCAGCAGCAGACUCCUCAGGUCCGUACGAGACUCCUUCUCUGCAAAGCCACAUACACACACACACACACUCACCCAGAGUGCGCCUCGUGUGCCGGUGGAUAAACACGCAGUCAUUGCUCACCGUUGGCCACAACUUGGACGUUGAUGCGGGAGCUCUGGGCGCCCCAUGACGCCGACCGAUAUGUGUAGUUGGCCUGCACACACACACCACACAAAGCAGCGGGGAGAGGAUGUGCCUGGCCGUCGGUUGCUGCUGCCGGUUAGUGUUUCUCACUGACUGACCGCCUGUGCGUUGAGAACAGAGAGCUGUUCGAAGUGCCAGGCGUCCCUCCCGGCCUCCUGGAUGUAGUCGUGGUUGAAGCGCGACUCGCGGCCCAUGAUGACCCGCGUCACGCUGUUGAUGAAACCCUUACGCGCGAGACCCACAUGCGACUGGGACAAACUGCACAGACAUGAAGACACACACACACACACAGAGGGAUGUACACAUGUGUUGUCGUAAGUUGUGUGGUUAUCGUACGUGACGUCGGCUUUGUCGCCGAUGAGUACUUGCAGCCUGGGGCUGCUGAUCGGCAGGGCGGAGUCGCCCACGGAGGUCGACACUACCAACACCUGAAGAAGAAAGGAUAGGCAGCAAUGAAGUGCAGAAAUGGAUCUGAUCUUCCUUUGUCCCUCCUGACUUACUUGUAUUGGUUUGUCUAUGGUGGUGCCCUCAGGCACGUGCACACACGCCACAUCACGUAAGUGAGCCUGUGUGCCAGAGAACGACAACACACAGCCACACAUGCGCCCGAAUGCCAUCGAGAGCCCCUCUCUCCCCCUCUCUGCCGCCCUGCCUGGGCAUCUCACCAUGUUGAGUGCGCAGAGUUUGGCCAUGCCGAUGUCGAAUUUGCCCAUUUCGAAUAUCUGCUGCGGCAGGAUGUCGGCGUUUUUCCACAGCUUGCCCUUGUACUUGACGUAGGCGCCCUUCUUGAACUGCUGCUGGGAGUACUCCGGGUACCAGUACAGCUCUGACAGGAACCGCUCACGGAGCGCACCCUGCCGAGCCGACACACACGCAGAGGGAGGGGGACAGCGCGUGAAUCAAGUAUUUGUGUGUGGUGUGGGUGCGGUGUGCUGACGACGGCCAUGUGUAGAGACAGACGUACCUCCAUGUUGUGUAUGCUGCCGACGAAGGUGCCAUUCGGCAGCCCGUCGAGGCGGCUCAGCCGCCUGUCCACCAAACCGUCCUUGAUCACCUGCACACACACGUCCAUCCAUCCAUGAGACGCCACCCGAGAUGCAGACUUGACUCACCAGCAGGGCAGCCGUGUCGUUCAUGACGUACUCUGAGAUGUCCUCUGUCGACGAUAGAUCGCCAUAAGCCACGUCAAAAUCGGUCUUGUAAAUGGCUGGAGAACACACACGCGAGCACACCAACCGCACCAUGAGCACAGAGGGAGGCGGAUCUGUUUGAUGUGUUGUCUUUGUAGGUAGCUCACUUUCGAGGUCCUUCUGGAAGCGCCACGGCUCCCUCUUCCUCUCGGGCACAUACAGCUCCUUCAUCACAGCCGUGCCGUUCUCAUGCAGCUUCUCAAAAUCCUACACAGAGGACACGCACGAACGAGUGGGCCUCUGUUUCUCUCCGUCUCUCUCUCUGUCUCUCUCUGGGUCUGUGUAGAAGCACCUCGUUGGCCGGGAGUGGCUGCAGCUCGAGCAUCUUGUCCCACCACAUGAGCCUUUGGAUGUCGGCCUUGUUCAUGCUGAUGUUGCGGUAGCCGAACCCGAAGCCCACCUCCUUCAUCAGCCCGCGAUACUGAGGCGGCACGCUCUCGUCCACAGGCGCCUCGUCAACCUUCACCACACCCCUGCACACACCCAUCCAUCCAGGACAACAGCCAUACCCGCACCAACGAGUGUGUGCGCUAAAUUGCUGACUGACCCGUCGAGUUGCUCGACGGCUUUCUCCAGGUCUUUGGAAGUGACCAAAGUGGGCUGGAAUAUGUUGUGCCUGCCGCCCACCGGCUCGGCCGACCAGUCCUCCGGCAGCGAGUACUCGGGGUCCUCCAGCCGCUUGGGGUCGAACUGAGACCAGUCCUCAAAACGGAGCUUGCCCUCCUCCUUCCACCUGCAAACAAAUGAGUGCGUCUAGCGGUUUGGCCGCGUGUGUGUGUGUGUGUGCGUGUGUUGUGUUGGUCACGCACCUGAGCCUCUCCCAGCUGUUGGGCGACUCGCUGUCGACGUAUUCGGGGUCGUCUUCCUUUGCCCAUCUGUCGGCGUAGUCCUCCCUCCUGUAGUUGGGGUCGACCAUGUCGUUGAUCAGCCCGGACACGCGCUCCUGCUCCAGCCGCUUCACCAGCUUGUACGACGACGACUCGGUGUCAACGCCGUCCUCCUCACCCUCCCCUCCCUCUUUGGCGGCUGGCGGCUGCUCCUUCUCUUUCGCCGCAGUGUCAGCCUGCACCGAACCAGACAGACACAAACACAGAGAUUAACACGAUCACCAUCGCCCUUCUCAUGCAUCCUCAUUAUUGCUGUCUGUGCUCACCUCAGCAGUGGACAUCGAGAACAGGCGCUGAUGGUGCUGAUUUCUCCGCCUCCGUGCCCGCAGCAGCAGAUCUCGCCCUCCAGUGUGCCCCAGCGACCUCCAGCCGCCAGCCGUGCCGAUGAAAGCUGGCCUGAGUGACGCUGGUGCCGACGAGCUGAGGUCGCUGAUGCUCACUGCAUGGCCAAUCAGAGCUUCAAGCACGACCAUCAGGGCAGCUGCAAAAAUCAUCGUGUGGCUCACAGCGGUCCUCUUCUUACACCAGCUGGCAUAUAACAACGGUAAGGGAAAUGGAUAUUGACAAAAAG